AGGCCUCAAAUAGAAAAACAUACGGGUCACUAGCAAGUAGCCAACUAGCAAGUUAAAGCUUUUUUUGUUUACGUUGAUCCAGAGGAGGGAAAGAAGCCUAGCUGAUCUAGCAGUUGAUUUGAUAAUCGAGUACCAAGUGAACGAAAGAACAAAUUAAGUUGCAAUCUGAGCCAUUCCAAAUUCAAGCCAAAGAUUUGCUUCCUUCUGAAAAUUUGAGUUUUGACUUUAUAACUUCUGAAAAUGACAAGUGCAGUUUACCUUGAGCACUACUUGGACAGUUUAGAAUCGUUGCCUAUUGAACUACAGAGAAACUUUUCUCUAAUGAGAGAUUUGGACAAUCGAGCACAAUCCUUGAUGAAAGAAAUUGAUUCCCAUGCUGAAGACUACCUAAAAGUAGUCUCUCAAACAAGUCCAGAAAAAAGAAAAGAACAAAUGGAAAGGAUUCAGAAGCUUUUCAAUAAAGCAAAAGAAUAUGGAGAUGAUAAAGUCCAACUAGCCAUUCAGACUUAUGAAUUGGUUGACAAGCACAUCAGGCGUCUUGACUCUGAUCUGGCGAGAUUUGAAACAGAAAUUAAAGAGAAAUCGUCUGUUGCAACACUCUCAGCAGAAGAGGAUACUCCACCUGCAGUCAAAAAAGACAAAAAGAAAAUGGUGGAAAAAGUUGAAAAGAAAAAGAAAGGAAACAAAGCAAAUAUUAGCACUGCCUGUGAAGCUCCUGUUAAAGUUGAUGAAGGCCCAGCUCGUAAAAAAUCUAGUAAGAAGAACGUUGCUGUUGCAACGACUCCAGAAAGCUCCUCCUCUUUUGGACUCUCUACCAUCGGGCAUUCGGCUGAUGUUCUUGAUAUGCCGGUAGAUCCGAACGAACCCACUUACUGCCUUUGCCACCAGGUUUCUUAUGGAGAAAUGAUUGGCUGCGAUAAUCCUGACUGUCCAAUCGAAUGGUUUCACUUUGCCUGUGUCAGCCUAACAACCAAACCGAAGGGGAAAUGGUUCUGCCCGAAAUGUUCCGCCGAUCGGAAAAAGAAGUGAAGACUGAAAAUUAGUUGUUGUAUCUCAUUGUCAUUGCUCAUUCGAAAAUAAUCCACAUGCCAUUAUCGGUUUUUUAAAUAAACUUAUUGCUGCUCCGUUUAACGAGGUAAUUUAAAA